AUAUAACAAUAAGUCUUAUAGAGACAUUAUACAGACAUUCUUUUAAUUCUUGAAGUUAGUGGAUCUGUGUGUUAAGUGUUGUUGACUCGUUGAGUCUUUUUAACACCUCACCACCGCAUACCGCACCUUUGGGGGUACUAGAGGCUGUGACUCCCAGCCUCCAUGGCCCCAACAAACCCCUAAAGAAGUUGAGUCGUUGCCGUGGUCACGCUGGUGGCGAUUGGCGACUGGCGAGGUAAAGAUAAUCCAGUUGAUGUUCACUGGGUGUAGGACUGUGAGAUCUGACACUUCAAGUAUAUUAAAACUGGUUUAAUUUCAUUGACAAGAUACUGUAAUGCACAAUGGCCGGCUGCGUGAUUAAUGCAACGCCCAUCGCGGUAGAUUUCUGGAGGCCAACAAAAGUUCCACAGGCACGUCUGUUCUUCCUCACUCAUCUUCACAGUGAUCACAUGGAAGGACUGACAUCUUCAUGGCGACUCCCUCUCUACACUUCUCCCAUCAAUGCUCUCUUACUAAAAAAUAAAUUCAAGCUGCCAGACAGUGUAGUGCAUGAGUUGGAAGUUGGGCAGAGCUACUUGAUUCCCUUGGAUGAAGGAAAUAACAACAACAUCACCGUCACUGUCAUUGAUGCCAACCAUGUUCCUGGGGCAGUCAUGUUCCUCUUCCAGGGCUAUUUUGGCAACAUCCUGUACUGUGGGGACAUGAGGUGGGACCCUGAGAUGUUGGAAGACCCAGUGUUGCGGGAUGUGGUGCAGCAACGUGCUCUAGAUACACUGUACAUGGACAACACCUACUCUGCACCUUAUUGCCAGUUUCCCUCCAGAGAAGAAGCCAAACAACAGAUCUUUAAGAUAAUUGACAUGUAUCCAGAUCACGAAAUAAAAAUUGGCAUAAACACUCUUGGACGGGAGAAACUGCUUGAAGACAUUGGCAAAAGAUAUGGUGAGAGAAUUCUUGUCAGUCAAGAGAAAUAUGACCAGCUUCAGUUGCUUGGCUGCUUUGAUGUCUUCACUACUGACCCUCAGCAGUCACGAAUUCAUACUUUUCCCAAGAAACAGAUGCAGUUAUCUUUACAUAAAAGAUGGAAUGAGAAAUAUCAGACAAUUAGCAUCAUUCCAUCAGCUCUUUAUGCAGGUUGGAAAAAUGGACCUUAUAGCUCACAGGCAAGCAAUGGCAUGCAUGUCAUACCAUACAGUGAUCACUCAUCUUAUUCAGAGCUGAUGGAAAUGGUGUCACAGUUGGCCCCUCAUCAGAUAUUCCCAAUAGUUAAGUAUUGGCCAAAAUCUGGAUGGUGGGCUGAUCCAUCUGCUCCUGAUCAAAACUUAAAAACUGAUAUGACAGUGUACAGACAUCUGCUCUCUGUACCACCACCUGAUCCAGUUGUAAUUCCAGAAGAUGUGAUCAAAGUGAUGAGUAUGAAAGCCCCUAGAUUAUUCCAAGCUCGGCCUCAGCGAUGUGCCCUGCGUUAUGGGCUAUCGCCCAGACGUAAUAAAGCUCGAGGAGUGGUCUUUACAUCUCCUGGAUGUCACUCCUUACCAUCUUUGUCUUGGACACCAUCAACAACACCAACAUCAUUUACUACUCGAGGAAGUGGUAGAUUAGACUUUCAUUCUCCCAAGCAAGUAGAUUUCAAGGAGUCUCCAAGAUCAGUGAAGUAUGAUGUUAGAUACCCUUCACAUAGUGUCACUGGAAAUGAAUUACAGUAUGGGCAUGUACAGAAUCAUAGACCUAUGAAAAGAAGUACACCAGUGGACUUUAUUGAUUCUCAUAAAAGUGUCAGAAUGAUAAGUGAAGAAUAUCAACCUAUCAGUUCCAGAAAUUUUGUUAGCAAAAUAAAUAAUGAUGGGAACAAUCAACAGCCAAGAGACCAUAUUGCAUCAUCAGCCAGAUCACCAACAGUGAAGUCGACAGAAAAGUUUCCAUCAAAUGAAGUGGAAAUAGAUUUGGAAAUGGAAAAUAAAUCACAAAAUGUUUUAGCCAUAAGAAGAGAUGCCUUGCUGAGAGAAACUAUUGAAUUCAUAAAAGUAAAAACUGAAGAAAUUAAUUCUCACACAACCUGCAGCACAACAGAGGAAUUGAGAGGUAUGGUGAAAGAUGCAAGCUUAAUUUUGGAGUCUCUUUCAUGUCUUGAUUUUGUUUUAUAAAUUAUCCUUUUAUUUAUAAAAAAAAUAUAUAUUGUGAUUGUUACCUUUUGUAGUUACCUAAAAGAAAAAAGUUAUUUUUAAGUAUGUUUUGAUAUACAGUGAUUUUUGUCAAAUGUGACAUGGUUAUGGAGUAGGAACAUAUAGGUGAUAAAUUUGUCCAUUUGGGCAUGAAAGAUGAUGUACCUUAGGCAUACUAUAUCAAGUACAUACAGAUGUAAUUAUCAGUAGGAGAGGUAUUACAGUUAUUGUGUAAUUUUAUAUAUUUAUGUAUGAUGCAUACUUUGAAUAUUUUUCAUCAUAAAGCUCAUUAUUAAAAGAUUGCUUUAUAAUCUGUAGUUACUAAUGAAAUUGAAAAUAUAUCUUGAAUCAGCAACCCAA